AUGAAAAGUAGCGAGGAAAGUUCACAAGCUGCUAAACCAACAGAAUUAAAUACAUUGAUGGAAAGUAAUCAUUCACCAUCAGUCUUUUUGGAUUCAAACAAUCGAAUUUGUUUUGAUAUUGGUGAUCUCUCGAAUAAUAGCGGAACAUUUUUGCGUUUUACUCAAUUAACUCCACCACGUGUACCGCAAAAUAUUCAUGGUUAUAGUUAA